CCUUCGCGUCCCUGGCGGUAUAAAACCAGCAGUUGACUGCAGAAAGUGACCACAACACAAAUGAUUUCGAGCAGGUGACACAGGCCUCCCCGAGCUAUUAGCUCUUGGUUUUUUUAAACUGCCUUUCUGAACAAGAAGACAAGCCUCAUCUCUCUCAUCUGAGCCUUUCCAGCUACCUGCUACUCCAGCAUCAAUCCAUCUUGAAUUUUGUUCUUGGUAUCUCAGCUCAAGCAGACGCCAGAUCCUCGUUAUCUCAUCAAGAUCUACCAGAAGGAAAAGAAAGACUACAUUAUCAUCAUGACGUUCAUCCAGGAGAAAAUGGAAGGUGCCAAACUGUACAUCAGGAAACAGUGGGGAUGGGUGGUGACCGUGUCCGCCUUCAUCGUCUUCUUCGCUCUCUUUGGUUUCCUCUACUCCUACGGCAUCAUCUUCGUGGCCCUCAAGGAAGACCUUGGGAGCAGUGCUUCACCUACGAGCUGGGUGGGUUCGAUCGCCAUUGGUUUCCACACCUUGGGAAGUCUGGUUUCCAACCCUCUGAUCGCUCGGUUCGGAGCUCGUCCGAUCGCCGCCAUCGGCCUCGUCAUGUGCUUCGCUUCCCUGCUCAUCACCUCGUUCAUGCCGUCCAUCAUGCCAAUGUUCUUCACAUUCAGCGCCCUCUACGGCUUUGGUAUCAACAUGGUCCUCAUAUCCUCCAUCAACCUGAUCCUCAAAUACUUCCCGUACAAGAAUUGCUCGAGGGCAACCAGUAUGGCACUCAUCGGAACAACCUCAGGAAUGUUGGCGAUGAACCUGUUUAUAUAUUACCUGGUGACCAGGUUCGGAUGGCGAAACAUGUUCCGCAUAAUGGCAGGUAUCAUCCUAGCACUAGGAGUGCCCUCCAUCUCGACCUACAGCCAACCUCCCAGGGCACCAACCCAGCUCGACGAGGACGAGAAGAAGAAACCCGUCAAGGCCGUCGAGGUCAGCGCCGCCGCCAAGGCCAAGGAAGCCGAAGCGGAAGGUCUGAUGUCGCCCACCGAAUCGAACGUCAAGAGCACGGAGGUGAGGAUGGACGACCAGGACGUCAAGGUUCAGAUCCCAGGGAAGCCCGUCAGCAGGUCAGCGAGGAUCACCCAGAAGCUCAAGGUCUUGACCUUCCCGGAACUCUGGUUCCUGGCCCUUGGCCUAAUGGGUUGUGCCAUGACCAUGAGCUUCUACUACGUCAGCAUGGUUAACUUCAUGACCACCGCCGGCAUCGUAGAAUCCAAGUGCGCCCUGAUCAUGGCCGUGGUCGCCAUCGCCGAGGUCUGCGGCAAGGCUUGUCUGGCUAUCUUCGGUGAUCAUCUACCGUUUCCUAAGAUCUACCUCUUCGUCGCCGCCAGCGUGGUCGGCAGUGGAAUAAUGUACAGCCUCUUCGUCGCCAAGACUGUUGCUGCCAUGAUGUGCGUUGCCGUCGUUACCGGAUUCCUGAUCAUGACGGUGUUUGACGCCCUUCCGUAUUCCAUCUGUAACCAAGUAUUUGGGGCUGCUCGUAGCGUGGAGGCAUGCACUGUGAUUCUGGUCGCCAACGGCCUCGGUCUCAUCCUCGGGUCCCUAUUCGGAGAGAGUGUCGACAAGACUGGAUCAUAUGACGAUGCCAUCUAUGCUAGUAUUGGCAUCUACGUCGGUGCGACUGUCCUGUUCUGUUUGGUGCCAAUCUACCAAAGAUGCUUCGCUUCUGAUCGUUACAUCAUGGCCAGGACCAAGCCCAAGGUCGUCGACGAGUUCGAAGCAAUGGGUCCAUUUGAGAGCUGGAUCUUCAUGCCCCCCGCAAUCGAAAGCACCGUCCAUCUCGACUACGAAUCCUCGGUGUGAAGCGACGCGCGUUGACCGACUCGCUGACCCCUUGAUGAUCCAUGACCUGCUUUGAAACAUGAUAGGACGUGUUCGCACAAUACUCUCAUCCCAUCAUUUAUGUUUUGCGAGUGUGAACUCAGCUGUUCGGGAUGGCGAUAUCGACUAUGAUGACGGCAAUGGUUAACUCAGAUUACGGACAAGCGAUGAUGACGAUUAAGAAGAUAAUGACGACUACGGUCGCCGGCGAUGCCGAAUCGCUUAAACAUCAGCAGCGCCCUUACACUUACAAAGCAAAACACCUCGUGAACAUGAUGAAAGGCGUGCUGAUGAUAUAAACUGUGGCUUUAACUGAUCGUGAAAAAAAAUCCGAUCGUUAUCGAUAGAAAUGAACAAUUCGACGUCUGGAAGAAACAAGACUAUCUCGAUGCGUUAAAAACUGAAAUAAAGUUACGAAAGCACGAGAUUCCUUCCUUUGGAGCGUCUGUUCGUCUAUAUCCAGUAACAGAACUCUGUUUUGAAGAGUGAUAUUUUCCGAUAUUCUAGCUAUCUUUUCAUUAAACUUUUAUUCCUCACCACCACACGUACUGACCAAAAAUUUAACUUAACUUUCGUACCAAGUUAUAUUAAUAUUUCAACACUUUCAAAUGUAUAAUCAGAACAAUUUGUGUUCUAUGUUUGUCUACAGAAGGUCGCAGUUUGACGACUUUCUCCGUUCUUAACGUUAUUUUGGGACUCGUUUCUCUCUUUGAAAAUUAUGAGUCUCACUACAGCAAUGCAAGUUUCAUACAUUUUACAAAUGAUUCGAUGUACAUCGAUGAAUAGAUGAAUAUCUCUGAGAUGCGAUUAUGGAACGCCGCACAAUAAACUCUGCAGGAGAUUUAAUGGUUACCUGUAAAUUGGGUAUUUAAGAUAAUACUAUAUAGUGUGUGAUAUUUAUAUAUUCAGGGAUUUUCCUGAUUACAUUUUAUCUAAAUGUGAAGAUAUUUUGAAUAUUGUGAACUGUUUAUCACGAUGUUUAUGUUGAGAGAUAUUAAAAGCAUUAAUUUAUUGGAAUAGUAGGUCAAAGAAGUGAAUGAGAAAAAUGAAAAUGUUUAUUUCAUUCGUUGUGAAGUUUAGAAAUCAUCCUACGCCUACUAAGUAUACCCCGCGCGUCCGGAAAACUUUGUUCUGAGUUAACAAAAGAAAACCGAUACUGAAAAUUGCUUGAUUCGAGCAAAGGAGUAGCAACACUGCGCAGGCGCGGUUAUUUCGGAAAUUUGUUUAUUGCGGGGCAUAGAUAUCAAAUCCUUCCAGAGAAAAAUGAAGAUAUAAGUAUAUUAACAGAUUAGAGCGCGGGCGCUAACAUAGUUAUGAUUAUGACUAUCGUUAACAAGAGAAAUCAAAUAGUUUAACGAUUUAUUUCAAACUCAGAGAAGUAAAAAUGUGUAUAGAUGAAUAAUAUAUGUCACUUUUUAAAGAGGGAAAAAUACCCUUUUUCGUGAAUUUUUUUAUUUUUCAUGGUGCAGUCUGUAUGAUGUGACUUAAGUGGGUGUAUCGAUGGAUUAUAUAAGUUUUUGCGGGAGUGAAUCCUGAUUUAUUCUGGGUUUUUUUUGGAAGUAUUAUGUAAUACCGUGACGGUUGCUAUGAAAAAGGCAAAUGAUAUGAAUUUAGCGCACAGAUUUUCUCCUCAGUUUUGUUUCAAUAAAGUGUUCUUCGACAUUUUUUAAUGAAAGGUAUAUGAUAUAUCUUUUGUUGUAAGUGCUGAAUAGAUUUUAUGUUAGUUAUUAAAUGUCUAGAAACAGUAUAUAUUUUGAAAACACAUAGGCCUAUGUGUUUUACGUUCUUUAUCGUAUUUUGUGGUUGUUGCAAGGUUUUGAUGUAUCCAUCAUUUCAACACCAUUAUUUGAGAAGGUUGGUAACUCGCUAUUUCUUUGGUUGUUUUUAGUUAUUGAGAAUUCUCGAUAACUUAUGCUUUUCUUGUCAUGUUUAUAUUAUGAAUGUUAUAUAUGGUUCAAUUAUUUGAAUCGCAGUAUUAUGUUUUACGGUGUCUAUGAUGUAUAUGUAUAUUGUGUAUGUUGAUUGAAUAAAAUUCCUGUUUCUUGUGAUAAUUUAUACAAAACACA